GAUUCAGCAUUACGGCUUGUGUGACUGGCAGCAUGCCUCAGACUCAUCUGACUGGGGAAGUGAUGCACCAGCUGUCCAGGGACCAGCUGGUGCACAUCCUGGAGUCAAUACAUGGCCCCAAGGACUUGUACAUUGAUCCAUUGCUCAUGAAGCCAUUGGAUAGGAUAGCAGGUGCAGCACUUCUAAGGCGGCACGGCGUGGAGAAGAUGUUCCGCUUGGAGAGAGCCUCUCCGCCGCUGGCCGACCACCAUCGCGUCUACCUGGUGCGGCCCAACCUGGUGCUGGUCAAGUACAUCUGCGACCAGAUCAACAGCGGCGACGCCGGCGCGAGCGACGCCGCCGCCGGCCCCCGGUUCCACAUCGUGUUCACGCCGAAGGUGCUACAUGCGUGUCGCGUGCUGCUGGAGGAGGAGGGCGUGCUGGGCGUGGCGCAGCUGCACCAGUACAGCUUCGACUUUGUGGCCCUGGACGACGAUCUCUGGAGUCUGGAGAUGCCCGAGUUCUACCGCAGCUUCUUCCUGGACGGCAGCACGGCGCUGCUGGAGCCGGUGGCGCGCGCUGUCUGGGGCCUCCAGACCCUCUGCGGCCUGAUCCCACGUGUGCACGCGCACGGACGCGCCGCCCAGCAGGUGGUGUCGCUGCUGGAGUUCUACCGUUCCGAGUGGGGCGACCCGGGCGUGCGGGAGCCGGAGGUGGGCCAUCUGGUGGUGCUGGACCGGGACGUGGACCCGGCGGCAGCGCUGCUCUCCCAGCUGACGUACUCCGGCGUCGUCGACGAGACGUUCGGCAUCCGCUGCGGCGUGCUGGAGCUGACGCCCGAGGUGACGGGCACGGAGCCCGCCGUCAAGCUCAUGAUGCACAGCAGAGAUCAGGUGUACCGGGACAUCCGUGACCUGCACUUUUCCGCCGUGGUCCCAGUGCUGAAGCAGCGAUCUCGUCAGCUUCAGUCGCACCACGCCAAACGGCGCGAGAUGACCACUGAACAGAUGAAGGCGUUUGUGCAAAGUGAGCUGAAGGACGUGCAGGCGCAGCAUAAGUCGCUGGCCGCCCACAUCGGCGCAUGCGAGGUCAUCAUGAAGCGCAAGACGCGCUCGUUCGAGGACCACCUGCGCGCGGAGCACAGCAUCGUCGACGGGCUGGACAUGCGCGACAACCUGGCGUACAUUGAGCAGAGUCUGGCGCGGCAGGAGCCGGCGCUCACCACGCUCCGCCUCAUGUGCCUGUACUCGCUGGCGCAGGACGGCGUGCCGACGCGCGAGUACCAGGCGCUCACCACCCAGCUGCUGCACAGCCACGGCUUCCACCACCUGGUCACGCUGCAGAACCUCAAGCGGCUCGGCCUGCUGACCGAGCUGUCGGCCGCGUUCCCGACGCCGACGCCGGCGCCGACGGCGCAGCUGGCGCAGAAGGUAGCGCAGAGCAUCAACUUGGCGCGCCAGAGCGCCUUCAAGACGGUCACGCGCAAGCUGCAGCUGAUUCCAGACGCCAGCGACAGCUACGACCUGCGCGUGCCGCCGGACGCCGGCUACGUGUUCAGCGGCGCGUACAUUCCGGUGGCGUGCGCGCUGCUGCGCCUGCUGCUGACUGACGGCGGCUGGACGGCGGCGCCGGCCGAGGCCGCGCUCCGGCUGCUGCCCGGCCGGACGGUGGCGCGCGCGCACGCGCACCGGCUGAUCGUGCUCACCACGGCCGUCGUCACCGGCAACACGCUGCUGGAAGGCGUGGCCUGA